AUGGCUCCCAUCCGAUCCCUCCUCGCUUCAAGGGCUGUCAUCGCCGGUCUGGCCGCCCUCGGCUGUCUCGGUCUCCUCAUUUCCACCCUCGACAGCGACACCCGCAACAACCUCUCCUGGAAGUACAACAACAACGGCGGCAACAACCAGGACAACCGUAACAUCGUCAACCCCGAAAACAACCAGGCCAACACCAUCUGGGAGGACGCCGCCACCCCUUCCUCACAAUUGGGCAAGACCCUCUCACAGUACCCUGGCCGGAAACCCCGCACUGUCCAGGCCAUGAUCGAGAAGGCUGAGGGUUACUACCAACGUAUCGUCCGUCAGCGUCAUGCUAACUUGCAGCUCCAGCAGUUUGGAACGCCGACAGACCCAACCAACCAACAGGAAAGAAACUUCAACCCAUGGAAUUCUGUGAUGUACUACUGGUGGUACUUCCCUGCCAGUUUCGUCUGCCCACACGAUAUCCAGCGCGUUGGACCAUUAAGUGACGGAGGAAAGUGGAUCUGCGGUAUGAGCUUGUACGAGGAGCAGCCCCGUGCCAAGUGUGUCAUCUACUCCUUUGGUGUCAACUACGAGACCCGCUUCGAGGGUGAGAUGUUGGACAGAACCGACUGCGAGAUCUUUGCCUACGAUGCCUCUGUCGCCUCCAUGGGUCCCGAGGCAACUGGACCCCGCUCGACCUUCAAGCCCUACUUCGUCGGCCGCACCAACCACGUUGACCCCCAGGGUAAGACCUGGAAGACUCUCAAGACCCUCAUGCAGGAGAACGGUCACGACUGGAUCGACAUCCUCAAGGUCGACAUUGAGGGUUCCGAAUUUGAGACCUUUGACGCCAUCAUGGACGAUUUCGGCGAUGUCCUCCCCUUCUCCCAAUUGCAGAUGGAGCUCCAUGUCCGUGAGGAUAUGAUCUCGUUCCCCGACUUCUUGAAGUGGUGGGAGCGUUUGGAAUCCAAGGGUGUUUACCCUUGGUGGACCGAGUUGAACUUGAACCCCACAUUUGGUGGUGAGAAGGAUUGGGCUUCUGAGUACUGCUUCUUGAACACCCGUGGUGGUUCCAAGAACUUGCUCAUCCAGAACUACGUCUAA